UGGCCGGCGAGAGGGUCCCAAACACUGUCAGUGAGGAGAAAAAAAGCGAAGACGCAGCAGGAGUGUCUGGAUCAGCAAUGGCCGCUGAAUCUCCCCGCCGCCCAAGCCGAUGUACCGGAGGAGUGGUGGUUCGCCCACAGGCUGUCACGGAGCAGUCCUAUAUGGAAAGCGUUGUUACGUUUCUGCAAGAUGUUGUUCCGCAGGCCUACAGUGGCACACCCCCGACAGAAGAAAAAGAGAAAAUCGUAUGGGUCAGAUUUGAAAAUGCGGACUUGAAUGAUACGUCAAGAAACAUGGAGUUGCACGAGAUACACAGCGCUGGGAAUGAGCCGCCUUUGCUGCUAAUGAUCGGCUACAGUGAUGGGAUGCAGAUAUGGAGUAUACCUAUCAGUGGCGAAGCUCAAGAGCUCUACUCUGUCCGACACGGCCCUGUCCGAGCUGCCCGAAUCUUGCCAUCGCCGCAGAUCAGUCCUCAGAAGUGUGACAGCUUUGCUGAGAAGAGGCCUCUCCUUGCCAUGUGCAAAAGCAUCGGGUCUUCUGGCACCAGCCCCCCAUACUGCUGUGUGGACCUUCACUCUUUGCGUACUGGAGAAAUGGUCAAAUCCAUACAGUUCAAAACACCUAUUUAUGAUCUCCACUGCAACAAAAGGAUCCUUGUUGUGGUCUUGCAGGAAAAAAUAGCUGCCUUCGACAGCUGCACGUUCACCAAAAAGUUCUUUGUUACAAGCUGCUACCCUUGUCCGGGGCCAAACAUGAAUCCUGUAGCUCUUGGAAGCCGGUGGCUUGCUUAUGCUGAAAACAAGCUGAUCCGGUGCCAUCAGUCCCGCGGCGGGGCCUGUGGAGACAACAUUCAGUCCUACACAGCCACAGUCAUCAGCGCAGCCAAAACAAUAAAAACUGGACUUACCAUGGUUGGGAAAGUUGUGACCCAGCUGACGGGGACUCUUCCAUCCGGAGCAACAGAAGAAGAGAUCUUGGCUCAUAGCAAUACUCGCCGCAGCCCCUUGGUGCCUGGGAUUGUCACCGUCAUCGAUACAGAGACGGUUGGAGAGGGACAGGUGCUUGUGAGUGAGGACUCAGAUAGUGAUGGAAUCGUGGCGCACUUCCCUGCACAUGAGAAGCCCAUCUGCUGUAUGUCUUUCAACCCCAGUGGCAUGCUUCUGGUCACAACAGACAUAGUAGGCCAUGAUUUCCAUGUGUUUCAAAUACUGACACAUCCCUGGUCAUCUUCGCAGAGUGCCGUCCAUCACUUGUACACGUUGCAUCGUGGGGAGACCGAAGCCAAAGUGCAAGACAUUUCCUUCAGCCAUGACUGCCGCUGGGUGGUGGUCAGCACCCUCCGGGGCACGUCCCAUGUCUUCCCCAUCAACCCUUAUGGAGGGCAGCCCUGUGUCCGCACACACAUGUCGCCGCGGGUGGUGAACCGCAUGAGCCGCUUCCAGAAGAGCGCGGGGCUGGAAGAGAUUGAGCAGGAGCUGACGUCCAAGCAGGGUGGCCGCUGCAGUCCUGUCCCGGGGCUAUCGAGCAGCCCGUCUGGUUCGCCUCUUCAUGGUAAAUUGAACAGUCAAGACACGUACAACAAUUUCACCAACAACAAUCCUGGGAACCCGCGCCUUUCCCCUCUUCCGAGCCUGACCGUGUUGGUCCCUCUAGCUCAAAUCAAGCAACCCAUGACGCUGGGAACCAUCACCAAACGCACAGGACCUUACCUGUUUGGAGCAGGAUGUUUUUCCAUAAAAGCUCCGUGCAAAAGCAAACCAGCGCCCCAAAUCUCACCCAGCAAAUCUCUGGGCGGAGAGUUCUGUGUUGCCGCCGUCUUCGGGUCCUCGAGGUCUUGGUUUGCAAGCAACCCGGGUCUGAAAAGAGAAAAAGAACAGUCCAAACAGUUUGUAGUGGAGUCUUUGUAUAUAAUCAGCUGCUACGGUACUUUGGUGGAGCACGUCUUGGAACCCCGACCACUCAGCACCGCCCCAAAGAUCAGCGACGACACCCCGCUGGAGAUGGUCACUUGCCCGAGGGCCAGCUGGACGCUGGUUAGAACUCCCCUGUGGAACGAACUGCAGCCGCCCUUCAAUGCCAAUCAUCCCCUGCUCCUGGCCGUGGAUGCCGUGCAGUGCUACCAGUAUUUGCUUGUGGGCUUGGUUCCACCGGGAAGUCCGGGGCCCAUCACUCGGCACGAAUCCUACGACAGCUUGGCCUCCGACCACAGUGGACAGGAGGAUGAAGAGUGGCUUUCUCAGGUUGAAAUUGUGACCCACACUGGACCCCACCGGCGCCUGUGGAUGGGCCCCCAGUUCCAGUUCAAAACGAUUCACCCUUCCGGCCAAACGACAGUCAUUUCGUCCAGUUCUUCAGUGCUCCAGUCCCAUGGCCCCAAUGACACCCCCCAGCCUCUCCUGGACUUUGAUACGGAUGAUCUGGACCUAAACAGUCUCAGGAUCCAGCCUGUUCGCUCCGAACCCGUUAGCAUGCCAGGGUCAUCCCGACCAACUUCGGACCGCAGAGGGAUUUCCACAGUGGCCGACGCUACCUCAGAGCUACAGCGAGAAGGAAGCAUAGAGACGCUCAGUAACAGCUCGGGUUCCACCAGCGGAAGCAUUCCACGCACCUUCGAUGGCUACCGAUCACCUCUUCCAACUAAUGAGAGCCAGCCAUUGAGUCUGUUCCCUACAGGCUUCCCGUAAGCAAGUCCCACCGGUCCAGGAGAAAGGAAAAAACCAGACUGGCCAACAACCUGAUGGUCCGCAAAAAAGUCUCUUGAUCUGCAUUUCACCCAGAGGUUGGCUCCAGCGUUGGAUGGUUCUUGUUACUCCAAGAAACAUGGACAACUCGGCUGCUUAAAUCCCUUCUGGAACUGUGCAAACGAAAUACCAAAUUUGCUGUACCGUGCAAUAUGAAUAAGGAGUCUGUCCCUCUUUGAUCCUAAUGGGUCUCUUGCGGUCCUCUCAAGCCCAUAAACAGUGGGGGAAAGGCUGCUUUGACAAAGUAUUUUAAACAGGAUGGUUUUUUUGCUUUCUUAACCAUAACCUGCUUUCCUCCCCCCCACAGUGAACAAAGACCUGUUCUUGAAACCUGAGUAGCAUUGCUAAAAAAUUUCUACCAGUUAGAGCCGCUACCUGUAUUUGGGGAUGUGCAUAAUGGCUCUGGAGAACUGGCCCUAGAAGCAGGAGCCGUCAGCAUGUAACUCUUUGAGAAAGGGAAAUCCCGAACAUUCGUGGAGUAAAAAAAUUCGAGGAUUAUCUCCAACCUGGGCAAUGGUUUGUUUGCAUCCUGCUCCAUCAUGGUUCUCCGUCCUCGUUGUUCCCCAUGGAUAUUUGAUAGAUGCCAAGAGUAUUACAGGCAAGGGCUGUUUCUUUUUCAGCUGUGGGGAGAAUGAUUUUUUGAUGGUUCCGUGUAUUUUAGAAAUAUCCUCGAUUUCUAAGUCAAGUCACAAAUCUCUCUCAAAUGUGCAUUUGGAACUCAACUCUAUCCCAAAAUGCAUGCUAUCUUGAAUAAAUGUCUAUGGUGAAAGAACUUCCUUUUGUUGUCUCAAUAUAGCAAAUUCCCUGUAUUUCUUUUAAUAGGCGACUCGGAGAUUUAAUAGGAGACAUUGGGGAUUCC